GUAUUAGCAUACCUAGUUAACUAUGUGGUUAGACAAUCAUGCUUAUACUAAAAUUUACUUUCUAAUUUAUUAAUUUAUUCACUCAUCCAUUUGUACAGAAAAUACUAAAAUGUCUGUUGGAUCUAGUUAUUCGAAUCGAAGUGGCAAAAAUAGCAGUCAGCAAUCAGAUUAUCCUGAAGAUAUGACUUAUAAUGAUAACAAUGAGGAAAAUUAUUCUGAAAAACUUCCUAGAAAUGAUAUCUACCCAACCUAUGGACAAAAUGAUGUGAAUGAAAAUUACUAUGCUAAUGAUAUUAGUGGUUAUGCAAAUGAAGGUGAUUAUGCGAUUAGUGGUAUACAAAAAAAUAAAAUCUAUGAUCCGACGAGUCCAUUCUAUGGAAUGGAUCCAGAGCUAAUUGGAUUUGUACAAAAGCAUAAUGUUGUUAUGGAUGAUGGCGCUGUGAUUAAUAAAGCAGCUAUGCUUAGAAAAGCUGCUGUAGACGGGAAAGUUAAAAAGAAAUUUCAACCACCUGGUGGUAUAACUAUGAAAUGUUUUAUAAUCUUAAUUAUUUUGUUCAUCCUACUGACUGUGGUAAUUAUUAUUGUAAUGGCUAUUGGUAUCACAUAUGCCUAUAAAACGCUUAUACCAAAUUUGCCGCCUGCUAAACCAUGGUGGCGUCGUACACAAUUUUAUCAGAUUAAUAUUGAAACAUGGGCAAAUGAUGUACAAGGACCUGUUGGACGACUGCAUGAUGUUAUUCCACGUAUACCAUAUUUAUCUAGUCAGAUUGGUGUCACCAGUAUUCUGUUAACGAACUUAUUAUCCUCUGAUGCAAAUGGUAUUAUCGAUUGGGUGACAAUUAAUCAAUCUAUUGAUCCAACUGAAGAAGCUUUCAGCAGCCUAUUACCACAAUUAAUCGCCAAGUGUAAAUCUCCACUGGGUAAAUUAAGAUCAAGUAAACCGAUCAACAUAUUGAUUGGUUUACCGUUAUACUCAACUAGUAAUCGACAUCAAUGGUUUCGUGUUAGUCAAACUGAUGUGAAUAGUAUGUAUGCUUCAUUUUAUAUGUGGACAAACAUUGAACCUGUAACUGAUCAACAGAAACGACAUUAUGCAUAUGAUUCCAUAAGGCGUGCAUAUUAUCGACAUGUUCAUGGAAAUCCAAAUAGUCCAUUAUUAAAUUUAACGAAUCCAAAUGUACAAACAGAAAUGAUUAAAAUAAUAAAAUUUUGGAAAGAAAACCUUCAAAUCAAAGGUGUUAUGAUUACAAAUUCUUCUAACCUGCUUCAAGAGAUGGUCGCAGGAGUUAGAAAAAUACUAAAUACUGAUACUGAUAAUGAAUUUAUAUGGUUUGCUGAUGAGCCAGUAAUUGAUGCAAUGGUUAAUACUGAGAAUAAAGUUUGCCUAUUUACGCUUACAAUUAAUAUUCGUGUGCCUACACGACGUAAUGAUUUAGACUCACAAAUUCAACAAGCUAUGAAUAAUACACUAUUACGAAAAUGUAGUCCAAUAUGGAAAGUUAUCCAAUUAAGUGAAGAUAAUAAAGAUUUUGCUACAAUUCAAAAAUUGGCAUAUUUUCUACCAGGGAGUUAUUUAAUGAUGGCUGGACAAGAAGUUGAUUUGGUGACUGGUCAUAAAGAUUUGUUAAAAUGGUCAUUUGAUAAUUAUCUUGAUUAUACUACUUAUUGGCCGAGUAAUAUAAAUCUACCUCAAAAAGGCAAACAACGUUUACUUGAUUGGAAAGAUUAUUGGGAGAAAUCAUCCUCUGUAUCCUUGUUAAAUACACCAAUUGAUCAAAAUACAGUGUACACAUUCAUUCCAAAAGGUACACAUAAUCUACUUAGUGUUGUUCGUCAAUAUGAAUCAAGUAUACAACGUGUCUAUUUUAUUGUUAGUUUUCAAACAUUAAUUACUAUUGUACACUUUCAAUCAAUACUUUAUGAUUUUAAUUCCCCGCCAAAAAUUCACGUGGCGUAUGAUUCAAAAGGCGAGUACCAGGGUAAACGAAAAUUUAGUGAUGAAGCUUUAGUAAAUAAUCAAGUUUUAUUACUUUAUUAUUAUUAGUAAAUGCAUAGAAAUAUUAUAUUGAAAACAUUAAAAGAAAAAAAAGUCUAGAAAAAAAAUACACUCGAUCGAUGAUUUGUCUUCCUUAAAUUAACUUUUAGAUAAGUUUUGUUUUAAUUUUACUGAUAUAUAUAUAUACACACAUUUGUAAAUAGAUAAAUAAAUACAUUUUCCAUGCUGUUU